AUGGCUCAGAAAGGAGCUAAGAUUUAUUCAGAGAACAUUUCUUGUUCCAUCUGUCUGGAUCUGCUGAAGGAUCCAGUGACUAUUCCCUGUGGACACAGCUACUGCAUGAAGUGUGUUAAAACCCACUGGGAUGGACAGGACCAGUGGAGAACCUACAGCUGCCCUCAGUGCAGGAAGACCUUCAAACCGAGGCCUGUCCUGGAGAAAAACGUGCUGCUGGCAGAGUUAGUGGAGGAGCUGAAGAAGACUGGACUCCAAGAUGCUGCUGCUGAUCACUGCUAUGCUGGAGCUGAAGAUGUGGCCUGUGACGUCUGCACUGGGAGGAAGAGGAAGGCUGUCAAGUCCUGUCUGGUCUGUCUGGUCUCCUACUCAGCUGUGAAAGGAAUCAGAGAUAAACUACAGGACAUUCUGAGGGACACUCAACCAGAUGUUCUACUGACACAACCAGAACCAGAAGCAAAGACCAGAGCUGGAUUCUUAAAAUGUUCACGAGAAAUCACUCUGGAUCCAAACACAGCACACAGACAUCUGCUGUUAUCUGACGGGAACAGAAAAGUGACAUUAAUGGAACAACCUCAGUCUCCUCCUGAUCAUCCAGACAGAUUCACCAGUUGUUAUCAGGUCCUGAGCAGAGAGAGUCUGACCGGACGCUGUUACUGGGAGGUGGAGAGGAGAGGAGGAGGAGUUCUAGUAGCAGUUUCAUACCAGAACAUCAGCAGAGCAGGGAGCUCAAAUGAAUGUGUGUUUGGGUACAAUGACAGAUCCUGGGCUUUACAUUGUUACAGCAACAGCUAUGAAUUCUGUCACAGCUUCACUAAAACCUCCGUCUCAGGUCGUCCCUCAUCCAGAGUGGGAGUGUACCUGGAUCACAGUGCAGGUGUGCUGUCCUUCUACAGAGUCUCUGACACCAUGACCCUCCUCCACAGAGUCCAGACCUCGUUCACUCAGCCGCUACACGCUGGAGUUCGACUUUAUCGGAAUGGAUCCACUGCAGAGUUCACCAAACUCACACUGACUGAAGUCCUUUAA